AUGAGUGGCUCAGGAAAACUCCCUGCAAUCGCUUCAGACGCUGUUCUUAAACAGUCUGUGCCUGUGCCAGAGGACUUUGAGAAGGUUCAAGGUAUGGACUUCUCCCAGGACUAUGCCUACAACUCUAGAGCUACCGACUUGAUCGCUUCCAUGAGAACCAUGGGUUUCCAGGCCCUGUCGGUGGCUUCUGCUUGUGAAAUCAUCAACGAAAUGAAUAGCUGGAGAGGUAAACAUAAGGGCGAGUUGCCUGAACAUGAACAGACUGGUGAGUUUGACGAUGAGGACCGUCAGAAGGCUACAGUAUUCAUGGGUUUCACGUCCAACUUGAUUUCCUCGGGUCUUAGAGAUACUUUGCGUUACUUGGUGCAACACAAGAAGGUUUCGGCAAUUGUGGCCUCGGCUGGUGGUAUUGAAGAGGACUUGAUCAAGUGCUUGGCUCCUACGUACUUGGGUGACUUUGCCUUGCCAGGUAAGACCUUGAGAGACCAGGGUCUUAACAGAAUCGGUAACUUGUUGGUGCCUAACGAUAACUACUGUAAGUUUGAAGAGUGGAUUGUUCCUGUUUUGGACAAGAUGUUGGAGGAGCAGGAGACCGAGAUGGCUAAGUUGGGUAAGGAAGGCUUGAACGCUGAUUCCGCUGCCAUCUGGACUCCUUCCAAAUUGAUCGACCGUCUUGGUAAGGAAAUCAACGACGAGCUGUCGGUGUUGUACUGGGCCCACAAGAAUAAGAUUCCUAUCUUCUGUCCAGCCAUCACUGACGGUUCUAUUGGUGAUAUGUUGUUCUUCCACACUUUCAAGGCCAGCCCACAGCAAUUGCGUUUGGAUAUUGUCGCUGAUAUCCGUAAAAUCAACUCCAUGUCCAUGGAAGCCUCUCGUGCUGGCCAGGAAUUCGACGGCUCUGACGCCGGCGCCAGACCUGAUGAAGCUGUCAGUUGGGGUAAGAUCAAGGCAGAGGCUAAGCUGGUGAAGGUUUAUGCUGAUGUCACUGUGGUGUGGCCAUUGAUUGUGGCUGCUACUUUUGCUGCCCAAAGACCAUAA